AGUGGUCAGUUGUAUGUAUUUCUCCCUGAACCCAAUGUGAAUCCUGCAGCAUGGAGAACAUAAUCUGAUUUCAGAAGACUAAAAAAAUUUCAAAGCGAAAACAGGAGAAUCUGGCGGGACAGCGGGAGUCCUGUCAGGCUGAAGAAAGCCAAUUUUUUCUCAAAAUCUGAGUACCUUGAGAAAAAACAGGAACCAAACCUCCUACAGGUGAGCUUCUAAAGCAGGGGGCAGAGGCCUGACCCUGAGCAUUCUGAAAUCAGUUUUUCCAACUGUGCCCACUGGGCUUUGCACAGAGCCUUGGCUUCCAUUAUCCUCCAGUCAGCUGCCCAAGCAGCUCAGCCCUGGGCCCAGGUUUCCUGAAGGUGGAAAGACAUGACAUGAAUACUCUCAGUUUGCCACUUAACAUUCGCCGUGGAGGCUCUGACACCAAUCUGAACUUUGAUGUACCAGAUGGAGUCCUAGAGUUUCACAAAGUCAAACUCAGCGCAGAUAGCUUGAAACAGAAAAUCCUCAAGGUUACAGAACAAAUCAAAGUCGAACAAACCACUCGAGAUGGAAAUGUGGCUGAGUACUUGAAACUGGUAAACAGUGCAGACAAGCAACAGGCUGGACGCAUUAAACAAGUCUUUGAGAAAAAGAACCAGAAAUCUGCCCACUCCAUUGCCCAGCUUCAGAAGAAGUUAGAGCAAUACCACAAAAAGCUCAAGGAUAUUGAACAAAAUGGAUCUUCCAAAAGUACUAAGGAUACUUCCAAAGAUAAUUUGAAAGAUAUUCAGCAUGGAAAGCCUCGUAGCUCUGGGCAUGGAACAGAGAGCAACAAAUCGAGCGUGCCAGGUGUAUCUUUGACACCGCCUGUCUUUGUUUUCAGCAAGUCAAGAGAGUUUGCAAAUCUGAUCCGAAACAAAUUUGGUAGUGCUGACAACAUCGCUCAUCUCAAAAACACCCUGGAGGAAUUUCGGCCAGAAACGAGCUCUAGAACCUAUGGGGGCAGUGCCACCAUUGUUGCCAAACCAAAAUACGUUAGCGAUGACGAAUGCUCGAGUGGCACCUCUGGCUCGGCAGACAGCAAUGGAAAUAAUUCAUUUGGUCCUGCCACAGCUGGUGCCCUGGACAGCCAAGGAAAGCUUUCUAUGAUUUUGGAGGAACUAAGGGAAAUAAAGGAAACUCAGUCCCAAUUAGCUGAUGACAUAGAGAAUUUAAAAACGCAGUUUAAGAGAGACUAUGGCUUUAUUUCUCAAAUGUUACAGGAGGAAAGAUAUAGAUAUGAAAGAUUGGAAGACCAAUUAAAUGAUCUCACUGAUCUUCAUCAACAUGAGACAGCAAACUUGAAACAAGAGCUAGCCAGCAUAGAGGAGAAAGUGGCCUAUCAGGCAUAUGAGCGAUCACGAGACGUUCAGGAAGCCUUGGAAACGUGCCAGACCCGGGUUUCAAAACUGGAGCUCCAUCAGCAGGAACAGCAAGCACAGCAAACUGAAACGGUUAAUGCCAAAGUGCUCCUGGGGAAAUGUAUAAAUGUUAUCUUGGCCUUCAUGACUGUCAUCUUAGUGUGCGUUUCUACUAUUGCAAAGUUCAUUGCUCCUAUGAUGAAGAGCCGUUUUCAUAUCAUCUGCACUUUCUUCGCAGUGACACUGCUGGCAAUAUUUUGCAAGAACUGGGAUCAUAUCAUUUGUGCCAUAGAAAGGAUGAUUAUACCAAGAUGAAGCUGCUGGUCUAGCUGUUGGUUUUUUUUUCUUCCUCUCUGUUUUUAAGUGCUGUGUGUUUACAAUUUUUUUUUGUCAGUUUAAAUGUGCGGACUGAAUGAAGAAGCCUACAAAGACUCCCGGAUUGUAAGGUGUAAAUAUGUAAAUGUGUACUUGUUGGCAGUCAGUAGACUGUUCAGUCAGAUUGUGUCAAACUGGGCCGUGUCUGUGAUGAGCCGCUAUCUUGUGUCAGUCUUCUGCCUUAAUCCAACCAGUUGUCCACUCUACAAGCCUGUGACCACAGAAGAUGGUGGGAUGCUCUGGGAGGGAUCCAAGCCACUGCAAGUGUGAGGUGUUCUUUUCACUGGACUGGAGUGCAAGGAGUGUGAUCACAAGGAAGCACAUCACAGCGUGUAUCAGCCCUUUUAGAUAAAUCAUUUUCUCUCUGAAUCCAGCUACCAAGAUAAGCCAAACUGUACAGUAUUAAUAAUUCUCGUUUCUAAAUUAAUGGGUGAUGAUACAUGGAGUUUCCAGUUUUCAGGAGCAGCAAAACCUGUGAUGCUUCUGCUAGUAACUCUUUGCACAAAGAGUUUAUUGCUCAAAAAUUAGGCCGCUGAUGACUAGUGACCACAAUUAGCAGUUGUUCUGUUGUCCCUUAUCACUCUCAAGAAAAACGUGAAUGUGGCACAAAAGCUUACAAAGAUGAAGAACUGAAUUAAGUAAAUCUCCAAGCCACUUCAUAAAGGAGUGAGGGAGCAAGUGUAACUCAUGGGUAUAUUUCCGUGCAAAGAAAAGUGCUCACUUGCUUCAGGCACUGAGAAAGGCAACAUUUAGAUUAGCCUUUGCUAGCUCUGAAUUGUUGGGGUUUCUUAGCUGAAUGCAGAGCAGAUAUAUAGUGGGACUCUGGCUACAGUGGAUUUAUUUUCCCUUAUGUCAGAUUAAACAGUGCAGAAGAAGCAUGAGGGAACUGAUCCUUAGGGGAGCAGGGAGUUAAACUUCUGUAAAUAGACAAACACUGUGCAGACUCUCUUAACAGACAUUCCUGAAAAUAAUGUAUUAUCGUACAGUGCCAUACUAGGAGACAGGGUUGGGUUUGUUUUCUUACUAGAGAUUAUUUUGUUUAGGAACUGCGGGAAAAAAAAUCCCCAAAAUCCUCUGCUUGGCUCUCAGCUAUCGUGUAGAACAGGAUCUUUAAUAAAAAAUAAAAUAAUAAUAAUAAAAAAAAAAACAACAAAACAACCAACAGAAUGCUCCUCUGCUCUGUAUUAAAUGGGGGAAAAAAUGUCUCUAGUUAUUUGAUGUUCAGUGUUACUUACUUUUGAAUUAACUGUCAUUACGAUUUCUUUUUCAGUUGUGGUAUUUGUUAUGCCGUCUUUACAGAAGGGGUAGAAAGGGAACUACUUGAGUGGGUGCAGUUUGUUUUAUUUUUACUUGAUCACAAUUACUCAAUAGGUGGUGUAGAAAUUCAGCAAUCUUUAUUCUGAGGAACAGGGAGGCAGCAGAAGAGCUUUGACAUUUCUUGACUGCUGGAUUAUCAGUGAAUACAGUUACCUUUUUGUGUCUUCGGGGGCUGAAGAAAGGACAGAAUUAACUGCAUAAGUAAUGAUAUGACUUGGCAUUAAAAAAAAAAAAAAUUAAA